UCCAAAUGUUAAGUCACUGUUGUCUUCUCUGAGUUACAGGCUCCUGCCUUGGUUGUUCCUGGCUGGUACCUCAGGUCAAACCAUGUCUGAAAUCAAAGAAGGCAUGUGGAAUAUCUCUGAUCUGUGGACAUUCUUUGAGUAUGAUUUCAAUUUCACUGGCAUGCCACCUCUGGGUGAAGAGUACAGCCCCUGUAGCCUGGACACUGAGAUGCUUAACAAGCAUGUUGUGGUAGUCAUCUAUGCUGUGGUGUUCCUGCUGAGCUUGCUGGGAAACUCCCUGGUGAUACUGGUCAUCUUAUACAGUCGGGUCAACCGUUCAGUCACCGAUGUCUACCUGCUGAAUCUAGCCAUGGCCGAUCUGCUCUUUGCUCUGACCUUGCCCAUCUGGGCGGCUGCUAAGGAGAAGGGUUGGAUUUUUGGCACACCCCUGUGCAAGAUGGUCUCAUUCCUGAAGGAAUUGAACUUCUACAGUGGUAUUCUACUACUGGCCUGCAUCAGCAUGGACCGAUAUCUGGCCGUUGUCCAUGCCACACGUACACUGAUCAAGAAGCGCCACUUGGUCAAGUUCAUAUGUCUGGGCAUCUGGGGAUUCUCUUUUAUUCUGUCCCUGCCCUUCUUCAUCUUCCGCCAGGCCUUUAGUCCUACCAAUUCCAGCCCAGUCUGCUAUGAGUUCCUGGGUAAUGAUACAGCAAAAUGGCGGAUGGUGUCGCGGAUCCUGCCCCAGACCUUUGGCUUUGUCAUACCACUGCUCAUCAUGCUGUUCUGCUAUGGCUUCACCCUGCGCACCCUGUUUAAGGCCCACAUGGGGCAGAAGCACCGGGCCAUGAGGGUCAUCUUUGCUGUUGUGCUGGUCUUCCUGCUCUGCUGGCUGCCUUACAACCUGGUCUUGGUUGCAGACACCCUCAUGAGGACCCACUUAAUAGAGGAGACCUGUGAGCGCCGCAAUGACAUUGACCGGGCCCUGGAUGCUACAGAGAUUUUGGGCUUCCUCCACACCUGCCUCAACCCCAUCAUUUAUGCCUUCAUUGGCCAAAAUUUUCGCAAUGGAUUCCUUAAGAUCCUGGCUACCCGUGGCCUGAUCAGCAAAGAGUUCCUGACACGUCAUCAUGUUACCUCAUACACUUCUUCCUCUAUCACUGUCCCUUCAAACCUCUGAAAAGCAUCAAUGAAAGGAUAUGUCACCUUCAUAAAGAAAGAAUAACCCUCAUCCCAAGGUUGUGUGGGGGGUAGCCUGGGUCCAGACAGAUGUUAUCUGGGUUUGGAGGGGAACUAUAAAAUGUGGGGAAGUUAGGGACUUUUGUCUUCAGGGCCCUCACCAGCCUUCUGAGGAAGUGCCAAGAGACCUCCAAGGACUAGCUUCAGGUUUCCAUGGAAAGGAACCCCACCAUUUCUGUUGAAUUCUUGGAUCUUUGACCCACUAACUGGAUAAUCAGCACUGUCACAUGCAUAGCCCCAUCUGACAUUGGAGCAAAACAAACAAGCAAGCAAUCAGCAAACCAACAAGCAAAAAUGGGCUGAAACUGUUUGCUCCUAUGGGCUGACUGUCUUGGUGACUCUCUGGAGCAUCACCCCAACUGCUGAGUAUGUUCCAGCCAGCCUGUUUGAGAACUCUGUGUCCUGUGCUCUGAGUUCAUGCAACUCUUUCCUUUCUUUCUUUCUUUUUUUUUGGGGGGGGGGUGGUGGCUACCAGGGAUUGAACCCAGGGGCACUUAUCUACUGAGCCACAUCCCCAGCCCUGUUUAUUUUUUAUUUUAAGACAGGACCUUAAGUUGCUUAGGGCCUCACUAAAUUGCUGAGGCUGGCUUUGAACUUGUGAUGUUCCUGCCAUAGCCUCCCAAGUCACUGGGAUUGCAGGCAUAUGUCGCCACACCCGGCCACACAAUUUUUUUCUAUCUCCAGUAUGUUGCAGUAUCUUCUGGGGACAUGGAAGCAGGUGCUGCUGAAACAUCAAACCAUCCUUGUGAUGGAGACCUUGUGAUGGAACAGGAAAGCAUUCUUCCCUUAGGUAUAGUAGGUGAACAGAGGGUGAUUGGGAAGCCAGACCUAUCGCAAGAGAUGCCUCUUUACAUCAUGACCAACAUCAUAGACAGGACAAUGUGCACAUUGGGAAUGUGCUGAGCCAUGGAUGGAACAAGACUAGCAGCUUGUUGCCCUCUUGGUGCUUCUAACCUGACACAGAGUCUCAGCAACCUCACAGAUCCCCACACAGCGGUCAAUCAGCUGGGUGCUAGCCAUUUCCAAUAAAAUUUCUGUUUUGUGAAGUUAGCCAAUCCUCAAAAAACAAAUGCUGAAUGUUUUCUCUGAUAUAAGGAGGCUGAUUCAUAGUGGGGUAGGGAGAGGGAGCAUGGGAGGAAUAGAGGAACUCUAGGGUA